AUGAAGUGGCCUGUACUGUUCGAAGAUUCCAACAAUGACCUUACCGCGGUUCUACACGAGGCAUCGUCGGAUCUAGUCCUGGGGUUCGGUAUAAAACGUCUCCCUUCCAUGAAGUUUGCCAGUAUCUUCACCAAGACAAUCCUGACUGUGGAGAGUAUGGCCGUCUCCUACACCGUCACCGCCUACUUUUUCGAUGCACGCGAGGUCACCUCGGUCUGGGAGAACCUCACGGAAACCAUCACCUACGUUGAGAGUUGUCAAUGA